AUGGGGCAUUGCUGCAUUCAACAGUACUACAGUGCUAGCAAUCUAGGAAACAUGAAUCCCAUGAAAAUAGUUCUUUUGGUGGCCACCUUAAUUGGCUUGAGUGUAGCCACGGAUUAUUGCAAUAAAGAUUUAUGUUCGUAUGGUACACACGUUGCCUGUGGACAUAAUGGACAAUUCGACAAAACCUGUCCCAGUGAUGCUGCCCUAGUCAACAUAGAUCAGACCUUACAAAAUCGUAUUGUGGCGGCCUUCAACGAGAAACGCAACUUCAUUGCUGGUGGUGGUGAUCCUCAACAUUAUCCCGCCUGUCGUAUGGCCACAAUGGAAUGGGACGACGAAUUAGCUAAAUUGGCUGAGUUGAAUGUUAAACAAUGUCGCAUGAAUCAUGAUGAUUGUCAUAAUACCCUAAGCUUCCCUGUGUCAGGACAAAAUCUUGCCUGGAUGACAUACUUCGAUACACCUAAUAUUCAACGAUUCAUUGAUGGUUCCAUUCAAAUGUGGUACAAUGAAUUGAAGGAUAGCAGCAUGAAAUACAUUCGUAGCUAUCAGCGACACGAACAGAAUGCGGUUAUUGGCCACUUUACCGCCAUGGUGGCUGAUCGUAACUAUCGCCUUGGCUGUGCUGCUGCCACCUACACCGAGUCGGGUAAAGACUAUUCUUCUUUCCUGUUUGCCUGCAACUUUGCCUUCACAAAUGUUCUGAAACAACCCAUUUACACUGAUUGUGCCAAACCUGCCAUGGAUUGUCAAACUGGUGUCAAUCCUAAAUAUCCUAAUUUGUGUUCAACUUCGGAAAAGUAUAAGGUUACAUUCUUCUAAUUUGCGGAAAUUUUUAUAAAUAAAAAAAA